UAGGCAACCUCGACUACAAAUAGACGCUCUCACGGGGACUUCUCCAUCAUUGAUUUCAUAUAUUCAAGCCAUUGGAAAAUUCCCUUUACCCUUUUGAAGAUGCAGAUCUUUGUGAAAACCCUUACCGGAAAGACAAUAACCCUAGAGGUUGAGAGCUCGGACACGAUCGAUAAUGUCAAGGCCAAGAUCCAAGACAAAGAGGGCAUCCCACCGGAUCAGCAGAGGCUGAUAUUCGCCGGGAAGCAGCUUGAAGACGGUCGAACUCUGGCCGACUACAACAUCCAGAAGGAGUCCACCUUGCACUUAGUGCUUCGUCUCCGCGGUGGGAUGCAGAUAUUUGUGAAAACUCUUACAGGAAAGACCAUUACUUUGGAAGUCGAAAGCUCCGACACGAUCGACAACGUUAAAGCCAAGAUCCAGGACAAGGAGGGUAUUCCACCGGACCAGCAGAGGCUGAUCUUUGCCGGCAAGCAGCUCGAAGAUGGGCGAACCCUUGCCGAUUACAAUAUCCAGAAAGAGUCAACUCUUCACCUGGUCCUCCGUCUUCGUGGAGGGAUGCAGAUUUUUGUGAAAACCCUUACCGGGAAGACCAUCACCCUGGAGGUCGAAAGCUCCGACACGAUCGACAACGUUAAAGCCAAGAUCCAGGACAAGGAGGGUAUUCCACCGGACCAGCAGAGGCUGAUCUUUGCCGGUAAGCAGCUCGAAGAUGGGCGAACCCUUGCCGAUUACAAUAUCCAGAAAGAGUCAACUCUUCACCUGGUCCUCCGUCUUCGUGGAGGGAUGCAGAUUUUUGUGAAAACCCUUACCGGGAAGACCAUCACCCUGGAGGUCGAAAGCUCUGACACCAUUGACAACGUGAAGGCUAAGAUCCAGGAUAAGGAGGGCAUUCCACCAGACCAGCAGAGGCUGAUCUUCGCUGGUAAGCAGCUGGAAGAUGGCCGAACCCUCGCCGACUACAACAUUCAAAAAGAGUCGACUCUGCACUUGGUGCUCCGUCUUCGUGGAGGGAUGCAGAUUUUUGUGAAAACCCUCACCGGAAAGACCAUCACCCUGGAGGUCGAAAGCUCCGACACCAUUGACAACGUGAAAGCGAAGAUCCAGGAUAAGGAGGGCAUUCCACCAGACCAGCAGAGGCUGAUUUUCGCCGGAAAGCAGCUGGAAGACGGCCGAACCCUCGCCGAUUACAACAUUCAAAAAGAGUCAACUCUGCACUUGGUGCUCCGUCUUCGUGGAGGGAUGCAGAUUUUUGUGAAAACCCUCACCGGAAAGACCAUCACCCUGGAGGUCGAAAGCUCCGACACCAUUGACAACGUGAAAGCGAAGAUUCAGGACAAGGAAGGGAUUCCACCAGACCAGCAGAGACUGAUUUUCGCCGGCAAGCAGCUUGAGGAUGGGCGAACUCUUGCUGAUUACAACAUUCAGAAGGAGUCCACCCUCCACUUGGUGCUUCGUCUGCGCGGUGGUAUGCAAAUCUUCGUGAAGACACUGACUGGAAAGACCAUCACGCUGGAGGUGGAGAGUUCCGACACCAUUGAUAAUGUCAAAGCAAAGAUUCAGGACAAGGAGGGGAUCCCACCGGAUCAGCAGAGGCUGAUCUUCGCCGGGAAGCAGCUGGAAGAUGGGAGGACCCUGGCGGACUACAACAUCCAGAAGGAGUCGACCCUCCAUCUUGUCCUCCGCCUCCGUGGUGGUUUUUAAGUAUCCCAGUGGUCGGUUGGUUCUGGUGGGUUGUGGGUCUCAGCCAUUUGAAAGGCUUUUGAAGUUUGAAAACUAUAUCUAUAUAAAUGAUGUGUUUUGGGUAUUCUGAGUAUACCUUAAUGUCUAAGGGGGGUCGUAAGUGAGGCCAUAAUUAGUUUUUUUUUGUUUUUUCAUUGAUGAAUAAAAGUGGUGUGCUUCUGGUAUAUAUGCAUGACUUGUUUGCUUUUUGUUUGCCUUACACCGGUUUGUGAAGCGCUCCUGAAUGUUCUUUUUGAAUUAAUGAAUCGGUGAUAUUGGAUUGUGAA